CAUGCCUGCCUCAGAGGGAUAUCGCUUCAGCUGACCCUCCCACAGCUCAGACUUUUUGAGGAUCCUGGCUGUGUGGCUUUGCCCGGUUCAAAAUGGCAGAAAAGGCUCCCCCUGGCUUAAACAGGAAGACUUCAAGAUCAACGCUCUCCCUUCCGCCGGAACCUGUGGACAUCAUCAGGAGCAAGACGUGCUCGCGGAGGGUGAAAAUCAACGUGGGGGGCCUCAACCACGAAGUGUUGUGGAGAACGUUGGACCGGCUGCCGCGGACGCGCUUGGGGAAGCUCCGGGACUGCAACACACACGAGAGCCUCCUGGAGGUGUGCGACGACUACAACCUCAGUGAGAACGAGUAUUUCUUUGACCGGCAUCCGGGGGCCUUCACUUCCAUCUUAAAUUUCUACCGGACGGGGAAACUCCACAUGAUGGAAGAAAUGUGUGCGCUCUCUUUUGGCCAGGAGCUCGAUUACUGGGGGAUUGAUGAGAUCUACCUGGAGUCCUGCUGCCAAGCCAGGUAUCACCAAAAGAAGGAGCAGAUGAACGAAGAACUGAGGCGGGAGGCCGAGACGAUGCGAGAGCGGGAGGGAGAAGAGUUUGACAACACCUGCUGCCCGGAGAAAAGGAAGAAGCUCUGGGACUUGCUGGAGAAGCCUAACUCGUCCGUGGCUGCAAAGAUCUUGGCCAUCGUGUCUAUCCUGUUCAUCGUACUCUCCACCAUUGCUCUGUCUCUCAACACUCUUCCAGAGCUGCAGGAAAUGGAUGAAUUUGGACAACCCAACGACAACCCCCAAUUAGCACACGUGGAGGCUGUGUGUAUUGCUUGGUUUACCAUGGAGUACCUUUUACGCUUCCUGUCCUCACCAAAUAAGUGGAAGUUCUUUAAAGGCCCACUAAAUGUCAUUGAUUUGCUGGCCAUCUUGCCAUAUUAUGUCACCAUCUUCCUCACGGAGUCCAACAAGAGUGUGCUGCAGUUCCAGAACGUGAGGCGCGUGGUUCAGAUCUUCCGGAUCAUGCGCAUUCUCAGAAUCCUGAAACUCGCCAGACAUUCCACAGGCCUGCAGUCUCUGGGGUUCACCCUCAGACGGAGUUACAACGAAUUGGGCUUGUUGAUAUUAUUUUUGGCCAUGGGGAUAAUGAUAUUUUCCAGCCUGGUGUUUUUUGCUGAGAAAGAUGAAGAUGCUACCAAGUUCACCAGUAUCCCGGCAUCGUUUUGGUGGGCCACCAUCACCAUGACCACCGUAGGCUAUGGUGACAUUUACCCGAAGACAUUAUUGGGGAAAAUCGUGGGAGGCCUCUGCUGUAUUGCCGGGGUCCUGGUUAUUGCCCUUCCCAUCCCAAUCAUCGUGAACAAUUUUUCUGAAUUUUACAAGGAGCAAAAACGCCAGGAGAAGGCAAUUAAAAGGAGAGAGGCUCUUGAGCGGGCCAAGAGGAAUGGCAGCAUCGUUUCUAUGAACUUAAAAGAUGCCUUUGCCCGAAGCAUGGAACUGAUAGACGUGGCCGUGGAGAAGGCAGGAGAGUCGGCCAACACGAAGGACUCGGCUGAUGAUAAUCACCUCUCUCCAAGCCGGUGGAAGUGGGCCAGGAAAGCUCUGUCGGAAACAAGCUCCAACAAAUCUUUCGAGAAUAAGUACCAAGAGGUUAGCCAGAAAGACUCCCACGAGCAGCUGAACAACACUUCUUCCUCCAGCCCCCAGCAUCUGAGUGCCCAGAAACUGGAGAUGCUGUACAACGAAAUCACCAAGACCCAGCCUCACUCUCACCCGAACCCAGACUGCCAAGAACAGCCCGAGAGGCCGUCUGGGUACGAAGAAGAGAUAGAAAUGGAAGAAGUGGUCUGCCCGCAGGAGCAGCUGGCUGUGGCACAGACCGAGGUCAUCGUGGACAUGAAGAGCACCUCCAGCAUAGACAGCUUCACUAGCUGUGCCACCGACUUCACAGAGACGGAGAGGUCGCCCCUGCCGCCACCGUCCGCCUCUCACUUGCAGAUGAAGUUCCCGCCCGACCUCACAGGGACAGAAGAGCACCAAAGAGCCAGGGGGCCCCCAUUUCUCACACUAGCCAGAGAGAAAGGGCCUGUGGCCAGGGAUGCCACCCUGGAAUAUGCUCCAGUCGACAUAACUGUGAGCCUGGAUGCCAGCGCUUCCCAAAGCGGGCUCCACGGCCCUUUGCAGUCUGACAGUACCUCCGAGAGCCCUAAGAGUUCGCUGAAAGGCAGCAACCCGCUAAAAGCCAGAUCCCUCAAAGUGAACUUUAAGGAAAACAGAGGCAGUGCCCCACAGACCCCGCCCAGCACUGCCAGGCCACUGCCGGUCACCGCGGCUGACUUUUCCCUCACCACCCCGCAGCUCAUCAGCACCAUCCUCUUAGAAGAGACCCCCUCCCAGGGAGACAGACCCUUGCUGGGCACCGAGGUUUCGGCACAUUGUCAGGGACCUUCCAAAGGGCUGACCCCUCGGUUUCCCAAGCAGAAACUCUUUCCUUUCUCGUCCAGAGAGAGGAGGAGCUUCACGGAAAUAGACACUGGCGAAGACGAUGACUUCUUAGAGCUCCAGGGGCCAAGACGGGACAUGCAGGCCGACCCCAGCCCAAACUGCUGUGCAGAUAAACCUAGUGAUGGAAGAGACCCUUUAAGAGAAGAGGCCUGUGUGGGCUCUUCCUUCCCCCAGGACACAAGUCACAACUGUAGGCAAGACAUUUACCAUGCUGUGGCUGAAGUAAAAAAGGACAAUAGUCAAGAAGGGUGCAAGAUGGAAAACCACUUGUUUGCCCCAGAAAUUCAUUCCAACCCAGGAGACACAGGUUAUUGUCCCACACGUGAAACCAGCAUGUGACUAGUUACAAAAGCAAUAAAAAAAAAAAACUUGUUUCUUAAAAAUGAGGUAAUAAUGCCUGUGAAC